AUGGGGGAGGGGGAGGCCAACGGAUGGAAUUCCAGCACACUUACUGGGCAAAGUUGGACCGUGAGGGUGUGCCCCAACUCCCCUGAUCCCAGAGGCGCCUCUCCGCAUUCCCAGAUGCACCUAUACGUAGGCCGAAGGGAGAAGGUGGGAGACCCUCUGGCCCCAGGCGGAUCCUCCACACCCCCAGCUUCCACCGGCCCGGAAAGGGAGCUGCGGAGAGGGGCACGCCCAAGCCACCGAUCCCCGCGGCCGCCCGCACGUAAGGACCGGCCAGGCGGCCACCCGCCCGCUCCCCUCCCGCCCCGCGCUCCCCGCGGCCGCUUCACACAGCACCAGCCGGCAGGCAAGCUGGGCCUCACGCUCCACGUGCUCGCCGCGGGCCUGGGCGGGGCACCGGCCCGGAAAGGGAGCUGCGGAGAGGGGCACGCCCAAGCCACCGAUCCCCGCGGCCGCCCGCACGACGGCGCGGACCCGGCGGGUGCGGAGGGCGUGACCCUGCAGCGCAGCAUCACGCUGCUCAACGGCGUGGCCAUCAUCGUGGGCACCAUCAUCGGCUCGGGCAUCUUCGUGACGCCCACGGGCGUGCUCAAGGAGGCGGGCUCGCCGGGGCUGGCGCUCGUGGUGUGGGCGGUGUGCGGCGUCUUCUCCAUCGUGGGCGCGCUCUGCUACGCGGAGCUGGGCACCACCAUCUCCAAGUCGGGCGGCGACUACGCCUACAUGCUGGAGGUGUACGGCUCGCUGCCCGCCUUCCUCAAGCUCUGGAUCGAGCUGCUCAUCAUCCGGCCGUCGUCACAGUACAUCGUGGCGCUCGUCUUCGCCACCUACCUGCUCAAACCGCUCUUCCCCACCUGCCCGGUGCCCGAGGAGGCCGCCAAGCUGGUGGCCUGCCUCUGCGUGCUGCUGCUCACAGCUGUGAACUGCUACAGCGUGAAGGCCGCCACCCGUGUGCAGGAUGCCUUUGCUGCUGCCAAGCUGCUGGCCCUGGCCCUGAUUAUCCUGCUUGGCUUCAUCCAGAUUGGAAAGGGUGAUGUGUCCAACCUGGACCCCAAGUUCUCCUUUGAAGGCACCAAGCUAGAUGUGGGGAACAUUGUGCUGGCUCUGUACAGUGGCCUCUUCGCCUAUGGAGGAUGGAACUAUCUGAACUUUGUCACAGAGGAGAUGAUCAACCCCUACAGAAACCUGCCCCUGGCCAUCAUCAUCUCCCUCCCCAUCGUCACGCUGGUGUAUGUGCUGACGAACCUGGCCUACUUCACUACCCUGUCUACCAAGGAGAUGCUGGCAUCUGAGGCUGUGGCUGUGGACUUUGGGAACUAUCACCUGGGGGUCAUGUCCUGGAUCAUUCCUGUCUUCGUGGGCUUGUCCUGCUUUGGCUCUGUCAACGGGUCCCUGUUCACUUCUUCAAGGCUGUUCUUCGUGGGAUCCAGGGAGGGCCACUUGCCCUCUGUCCUCUCCAUGAUCCACCCACAGCUUCUGACACCUGUACCGUCCCUUGUGUUCACGUGUCUCAUGACCCUGAUGUACGCCUUCUCCAACGACAUCUUCUCCAUCAUCAACUUCUUCAGCUUCUUCAACUGGCUCUGUGUGGCCCUGGCCAUCAUCGGUAUGAUGUGGCUCCGCUUCAAGAAGCCUGAGCUGGAGCGGCCCAUCAAGGUGAACCUGGUCCUCCCUGUGUUCUUCAUCCUGGCCUGCCUCUUCCUCAUUGCUGUUUCCUUCUGGAAGACGCCCGUGGAGUGCGGCAUCGGCUUUGCCAUCAUCCUCAGUGGGCUGCCUGUCUACUUCUUCGGCGUCUGGUGGGAGAACAAGCCCAAGUGGCUCCUCCAGGCCAUCUUCUCGGUGACAGUGCUUUGCCAGAAGCUCAUGCAGGUGGUCCCUCAGGAGACUUAACCCGGAGCCCUGGGCACCCAGGAGAGUGCACACCGGGACUGCUUCCAGACAAC